AUGGCGUUGCUGAAAGUCAAAUUUGACCAGAAGAAGCGGGUCAAGUUGGCCCAAGGGCUCUGGCUCAUGAACUGGCUCUCCGUGUUGGCUGGUAUCAUCAUCUUCGGCUUAGGGCUGUUCCUAAAGAUUGAACUCAGGAAGCGGAGUGAUAUGAUGGACAAUUCCGAGAGCCAUUUUGUGCCCAAUUCCUUGAUAGGGAUGGGGGUGCUGUCCUGUGUCUUCAAUUCUCUGGCGGGCAAGAUCUGCUAUGAUGCCUUGGACCCUGCCAAGUAUGCCAAGUGGAAGCCCUGGCUGAAGCCAUACCUGGCCGUGUGUGUCCUCUUCAACAUUGUCCUCUUCCUGGUGGCCCUCUGCUGCUUCCUCUUGCGGGGCUCCCUGGAGAGCACGUUGGCCCACGGGCUCAAGAAUGGCAUGAAGUUCUACCGGGACACAGACACCCCAGGCAGGUGUUUCAUGAAGAAGACCAUCGACAUGCUGCAAAUUGAGUUCAAGUGCUGUGGCAACAACGGCUUUCGGGACUGGUUUGAGAUUCAGUGGAUCAGCAAUCGCUAUCUGGACUUUUCCUCCAAAGAAGUCAAAGAUCGCAUCAAGAGCAAUGUAGAUGGGCGGUACCUGGUGGAUGGAGUCCCCUUCAGCUGCUGCAACCCCAACUCGCCACGGCCCUGUAUCCAGUACCAGCUCACCAACAACUCUGCACACUACAGCUAUGACCACCAGACGGAGGAGCUCAACCUGUGGGCGCGCGGCUGCAGGGCUGCCCUUCUGAGCUACUACAGCAACCUCAUGAAUUCCGUGGGCGCUGUGACGCUCCUCGUCUGGCUCUUUGAGGUGACCAUCACCAUCGGGCUGCGCUACUUGCACACGGCGCUGGAAGGCGUGGCCAACCCUGAAGACCCUGAGUGCAAGAGUGAGGGCUGGCUUCUGGAGAAGAGCAUUCCAGAGACCUGGAAGGCCUUUCUUGAGAGCGUGAAGAAGCUGGGCAAGGGUAACCAGGUGGAAGCCGAGGGUGUGGAUGCAGGCCAGGCCCCAGAGGCUGGCUGACGGUCGCGGGACCCCCUCCCCUCUGAACACUGUAAAAUAGUGGACUCCAGGAAACGCGGAUACCCCCCUAAUCCAAUCUGAAUCUCCCAGGGAGGGUGGCCGUCUAACAGAGACUCUUCUGGAUGGUGGGAUUUAAAAUUCAGGGUCCCUAAAAACUUUUGUUGAAUGACUGUCUCAAAACGUGAGUGAAUGAGUCCCACUCAGGCCCACUGCCCUAGGACGCACCCUCACAGUGGACUCAGGGGGGCCUCUAAGUGGAUGACUCUUCACGGCACAGGAAUUCAGUUCCACCCUGAGGCUACUGGCUACAUCUGAGGGCUGCUCCCUUUUUAUGAGUUGGCUGUUACGAUGAGCUCCAAGUUGCUUCAUUCUACAUCCAAAGUGUCACUUGAUGCAUAAGCUUGAGUCUGAAAAAUGUACUGGCCAUGCUGUCAUGUUUUUCAAAUGUGAAGAUUGACACAUCAGCCAUUUUAUUUAAUUACAGAGGGUGAGGGACAGUUACACUUUUCUAAGAGUAAUGGUCUCUCCAGAGCACUGAGGGCUCAAAAGAGGAAUUCUCAAUCAUGAGGCAAGAGAACUUAGAGGGGAUUAUGUCCCUCAGCAAAAACACAGCUUUUGUGUCACCUUCACAAGCCCUCAGUCACUUAGCCAGGAGUGAGCCACGAGCUGAGGGAGUCAGGUUGUAGGCAUGUUCUGGCUAAAUGCCGGGUGACCUCCUUUGGCUCAUCUAUGGAAGCACUGGGUUAGACGGCUGCC